AUGUCACUGUGGGUUGAUAAAUACAGACCUAAGUCGUUGAACGCACUUUCGCAUAAUGAAGAGUUGACGGAUUUCCUCAAAUCUUUAUCUGAUCAACCUCGUGAUUUGCCUCAUCUUUUGCUAUAUGGACCAAAUGGUACGGGCAAGAAAACACGCUGUAUGGCGUUAUUAGAAUCCAUAUUCGGGCCAGGGGUUUAUAGAUUGAAAAUUGAUGUUAGACAAUUUGUUACGGCCUCGAACAGAAAACUAGAAUUAAAUGUAGUUAGUUCACCAUACCAUUUAGAGAUCACACCAAGUGAUAUGGGUAACAAUGAUAGAAUUGUCAUUCAAGAGCUAUUGAAGGAAGUGGCUCAAAUGGAACAAGUUGACUUCCAGGACUCCAAAGAUGGAUUGGCCCAUAGAUAUAAAUGUGUUAUUAUUAAUGAGGCGAACUCAUUAACAAAGGACGCCCAAGCCGCUUUAAGGCGUACUAUGGAAAAGUACUCUAAGAACAUUAGGUUGAUUAUGAUUUGUGAUUCCAUGUCGCCUAUAAUCGCUCCUAUAAAAUCACGUUGUCUAUUGAUUCGUUGUCCCGCACCAAGUGAUAGCGAGAUCUCAAAGAUUUUGUCGGAUGUGGUAACGAAUGAAAGAAUACAUUUAGAAUCAAAUGAAAUUUUGCAAAGGAUUGCCAACCAGUCGAAUGGUAAUUUGCGAGUCUCGCUGUUGAUGCUUGAGUCUAUGGCAUUAAACAAUGAAUUAACAUUGAAAAGCAGUAACUCUAUUAUUAAGCCAGAUUGGAUUAUCGUGAUUCAGAAACUAACGAGGAAAAUUGUGAAAGAGAGAUCUGUUAAUUCAUUGAUUGAAUGUAGAGCUGUUCUCUACGACUUGUUAGCUCAUUGCAUACCGGCAAAUAUUAUCUUAAAAGAACUGACGUUCUCAUUAUUGGAUGUGGAAACCCUAAAUAUCGAGAAUAAAACAUCCAUCAUUGAAUAUUCAAGCAUUUUUGACGAAAGACUAUCACUUGGGAACAAGGCGAUAUUCCACUUGGAAGGGUUUAUAGCAAAAGUAAUGUGCUCGUUAGAUUGA